UGCACGCUGGUGCUGAGCACACCCAGCAGCAUCCUGCGGGACAGGGAGCUCGAGGAGCUGGGCGCCCAGCUGCCCCCGCGGCUGACGCAGCAGCCCUGGCACCUGCUCUACUCCACCGGGCGGGACGGCUUCAGCCUGCGGACGCUGUACCGGAGCGGGGCCCGGCCGGACUCCCCGGCCCUGCUGCUCGUCAGGGACACGGAGGCGCAGGCCUUCGGCGCGUUCUCCGCCAGCGCCAUUCGCAGCAGCAGCGGCUUCUACGGCACGGGGGAGACCUUCCUCUUCUCCUUCUGCCCCGAGCUGAAGGUGUUCAGGUGGACGGGCAGGAACGACUUCUUCGUGAAAGGGGAUGUGAAUCUGCUGAUGGUCGGUGGGGGCAGCGGAAGGUUUGGGCUGUGGCUGGAUGGAGACCUGCACCAUGGGGGCAGCCAGCCCUGCGAGACUUUCGACAACGAGACCCUCUCACACCAGGAGGAGUUCUGCAUCCAGGAUCUGGAAAUGUGGGGUCUGGCCUGACCCCAACAAAGGCACCCAAGGAAAAAGAUGUUGGAGAGGGGAUUCUUUGGACCGAUGUCUCA